CAUGGCAAGCAUGUCCACCCACCCAUCCAUCCAUUUACUACCGCUUGUCCCAUUCGGGGUGCAUGUUAAAAUGGAUUACAAGAAGUUUUUAUCAACAACAAGAGCAAAACACGGGGAUGAUUCAGCUGUAAACAUCAUCAUCAUCAUCAUUAUCAUCAUCAUCGGAACCACCCCCGUAUCCUCCCCCCCCCCCCCCCCCCCUCACUCCCCUCCCCUCGCCGUCACGCUCGGCCCACUCCGGUGCUGAUAGGUGGAGCAGAGGCGCGCGGCGGGAGGCGCACUUCACCAGCUGACACGUGCACGUCGCUCCGGAGGACGCAGCAUCCUCAUCCGCGACUCCCAUCCGGACCUCCUUUCCCCCCCCCCCCGGAGAGUAGAAACCCUCACCUCGGUGCAGACGAUCCACGGAAGCCGAGGAGGUGAGCUUUCUCGCGCCGGACCGCGCGUCUCCCGGACCCCCGCGAUACGGACCUCUAAAGUGGGGCACGGUUCACCGCGUUUCGCGGGGGACAAACUUUGGACCCGGGAAAGUUUGACGUGGGUGGACUAAACGCUGCAGAAGGUUGGAAGCGGCGUGAAGGGGCGGGUGGCAAAGGUCAAGUGUCCGACCCAGCAUGCGGGCAGCAUGGAACGGGUGAGGGAGCAGCGGCCGUUCUGCUCGCUCUCCAAGAGCCACAGAGACCGGGAGCGAGGAGGAGGUGGUGGUGGUGGUGGUGGUGGAGGUGGAGGAGGAGGCGGAGGGGGAGGAGGAGGAGAGCACGGCCGCGAGCGCCGCUACACGUCGUCCUCGUCGGAGCGCGAGGACGCCGCCUGCCGUGUGCCCACCCAGAAGUCGUACAGCUCCAGCGAGACCAUCCAGGCCUUCGAGCAUGACCCCUCGCGCAUGCUCUUCGGGGGGCGUGUCAAGGAGAUGGUGCACCAGGAGAGCGCCGACUACACCCGGCCAGGCCACGCCUUCUCGCUGAGGCAGCUCGGCGUCUGCGAGCCGACGACUCGCCGAGGCCUGGCGCUCUACCCCGAAACGGGCCUCUCGCACCCGCUGGGCUCCUACUCCAGGGGGCCCGCGGCGUCGGAGGAGCAUGAGGCCCCCUCGCCGGAGCGUGCGGUGGCUCUCUGGGGUAAAGGGGUCACCAAGGCGGGCCGUGAUUCCUGCCUGUCCAGCCGCUCCAACUCGGCGCUCACGCUCACUGACACGGAAAUGGACAAGUCGGACAACGAAACUGGUGACCAUCUGUCCGGUCAGCAGGGCCCGCCUCCUCUGCCGCCGGCCCCGCCCCCGCACAAGCAGCACCCGUCCAUCACGUCCCUGAGCCGCGGCUCCCUAGCCAAUCAGAGGGCCGCGAGCCCGCCGCCCACAGCCGGCCUGGCGGCCGAUUUGCAGAGCACGGCGGAAUGCGUCCAGCUGCAGGACAGCUGGGUGCUGGGCAGCAAUGUGGCCCUGGAGAGCAGGCACUUCCUAUUUAAGACGGGCACAGGGACCACACCCUUCUUCGGGGCGGCGGCCCCCGGCUACACCAUGGCGACGGGGACGGUUUACUCCACCCCGGCGCGGCCCCUGCCCCGGAGCAGCCUGUCCAGGGGGGCCUUCAAGUUCAAGAAGUCGCCCAAGCACUGCUCCUGGAAGUGCACUGCCCUCAUCGCGGUGGGCGUCGCCGUCGUGCUGUCCAUCGUCCUCUGCUACUGCAUAGCCAUGCACCUCUUCGGCCUCAACUGGCAGCUGCAGGACUUGGACAACCAGCCAGCGUUUGAAAACGGAGGAGUCGGGAAGGCAGGUCCCACGCAGUCGAGCGCCGUCACGGUGCUGGCUGCCGACGGAAGGACGAGCGUUCUCCAACAGGAGAACAACUCCAUCGACACUGGGCCCGUGGAUGUCGGCAAGAGGGCGGGUCAGACCGUGCCUCCGGGCGUCUUCUGGCGGUCCCAGCUGAGCAUGGACAAGGCGCACUUCCUCAAGUUCAACAUAUCGGUGCAGAAGAACGCUCUGAUCGGAGUCUACGGACGGAAAGGUCUGGCGCCGUCUCACACGCAGUACGACUUUGUGGAGCUCUUGGACGGCAGCCGGCUCAUCGCUAAAGAACAUCGCGCUCAGAGCGAAGCGGAGAGAGCCCGACCGGAGAACCAGGUCGUCGUCCACCAGGCGGGCUUCAUCCAGUACCUGGACUCGGGUGUGUGGCACCUGGCCUUUUACAACGACGGACGCAGCGUGGAGGCGGUGUCCUACAACACCAUCAUCCAGGAGUCUGUCAGCGAGUGCGCACACAACUGCUACGGGAACGGGGAGUGUGUCGCGGGAUCCUGUCACUGCUUCCCGGGAUUCAUCGGGCCGUACUGUUCCAGAGCCGCCUGCCCCGUGCUGUGCAGCGGCACCGGCCAGUACACCAGGGGGCGCUGCCAGUGCUACAGCGGCUGGAAGGGCACGGAGUGCGACGUGGCCGCCGGCCAGUGCGUGGACCCCCAGUGCUCGGGUCACGGGGUCUGCGUGUCGGGCAGCUGCGUCUGCAACAGCGGCUGGAGAGGAGGCAGCUGUGAACAAGUGGACUGCGUGGAUCCAAAGUGCAGCGGACACGGGACUUGUCAUCACGGCGAGUGCCACUGCAACCCGGGCUGGGGGGGCAUCGGCUGCGAGAUCCUGAAGAGCACUUGUCCCGAGCAGUGCUCCAGUCACGGGACCUUCAACACCGACUCCGGAACCUGCGUCUGCCAGGAGAACUGGACCGGGGCCGACUGCUCCAUAGAGGUGUGCGUGGUGGACUGCGGUCCUCACGGCUCGUGCAUCAGCGGUAUGUGUCACUGCGAGGAAGGCUGGACGGGGCCGGAAUGCGAGCAGAGGGACUGUCACCCACGCUGCAUCGACCACGGAGUGUGUCGUGAGGGCAAGUGCGACUGCCACCAGGGCUGGACGGGCGAGCACUGCACCAUUGCCCUGGACUCCAGAGUGUCAGGAGCAGUCAAGAUAGGAUAUAAAGACGGCUGCCCCGGCCUGUGCAACAACAACGGGAGGUGCGUCCUGGAUCAGAACGUCUGGCAUUGCAUCUGCCAGUCGGGAUGGCGGGGGCUGGGGUGCGACGUCGCCACUGAGACGCUGUGCUCGGACGGAAAGGACAACGAAGGAGAUGGUCUCGUGGACUGCAUGGACCCGGACUGCUGCUCUCAGAUCUCCUGCCAGGGUCAGACCUACUGCAGGGGCUCGCAAGACCCGGCCGCCGUCGCCUCCGCGUCCGCCACUCAGGGCCAGGCCUCGCCCCCCCUGCCCGCCUCCCGGAGCUUCUACGAGCGCGUCAGUUUCCUGAUUGGUCCCAGUGGAAGUCACGUGACGGCGGGGGAGAACCCCUUCAACAGCAGUCUGGCGUCAGUCAUCCGGGGUCAGGUCCUCACCGGGGACGGAACGCCGCUGAUUGGAGUCAACGUGUCUUUCCCGCACUACCCGGAGUUCGGCUCCACGCUCACGCGACAGGACGGCAUGUUUGACCUGCUGGCGAACGGCGGCGCCUCGCUGACCCUGGCGUACGAGCGGGCCCCGUUCCCCUCGCAGCGGCGCACGGUGUGGAUCCCCUGGAACGUCUUCCACGUGAUGGACACGGUGGUGAUGAAGCGGGAGGGCAACGACAUCCCCGGCUGCUACCUGACGGGCCUGAGCAGGCCCGACCCGCUCGUCCUGGCCACGCCCCUCUCCACCUUGUACAAGACGUCUCCGGAGGACAGCCCCAUCGUGCCGGAGACUCAGGUUCUCCACGAGCACGUGGCCAUACCAGGCAGCGACCUCAACCUGGUCUACCUGAGCUCCAGGGCGGCUGGCUACAAGCCCAUCCUGAAGGUGCUGCUGACCCGGGAGCGCCUCCCCUUCGGCCUGAUGAAGGUGCACCUGAUGGUGGCCGUCAUGGGCCGACAGUUGCAGAAGUCCUUCCCGGCCUUCCCCGACCUCUCCUACACCUUCAUCUGGGAUAAAACAGACGCCUACAACCAGAAGGUCUACGGCCUGGCGGAGGCUGUGGUGUCAGUGGGCUACGAGUACGAGUCCUGCCUGGACGUGGUGCACUGGGAGAAGAGGACGGCGGCGCUGCAAGGCUACGAGGUGGACGCCGCCAACAUGGGAGGAUGGAUGCUGGACAAGCACCACGUCUUGGACGUCCAGAACGGCAUUCUGUACAAAGGCAGCGGCGAGAACCAGUUCAUCUCCCUGCAGCCGCCCGUCAUCUCCACCCUCAUGGGCAACGGACGCCGCCGAAGCAUCUCCUGCCCGAGCUGCAACGGCCAGGCGCAGGGCAACAAGCUGCUGGCGCCCGUGGCGUUGGCGUGGGGCAUCGACGGGAGUCUCUACGUGGGCGAUUUCAACUACAUCCGACGCAUCUACCCGUCAGGCAACGUCAGCAGUAUCAUGGAGCUCAGGAAUAAAGAUUUUAGACACAGCAACAACCCGGCACACCGCUACUUCCUGGCGACCGACCCGGUCACCGGCCACCUCUACGUGUCCGACACAAACUCCCGGCGGAUCUACCGGCCCAAGAGCCUGGCCGGCACCAAGGACCUGCAGGCCAACGCCGAGGUGGUGGCCGGAACCGGAGACCACUGCCUGCCCUUUGACGAGAACCACUGCGGGGACGGCGGAAAAGCUCCAGAGGCUUCGCUCACCGGACCCAAAGGCAUCGCCGUGGACAAGAACGGUCUGAUUUACUUCGUGGACGGCACCACCAUCCGCAAGGUGGACCAGAACGGGAUCAUCUCCACCUUCCUGGGCUCCAACGACUUGACGUCGGCCCGCCCCCUCACCUGUGACAACAGCAUGGACGUCAAUCAGGUCAUUUUGGAGUGGCCCACAGACCUGGCAGUGAGCCCGAUGGACAACUCUCUCUACGUCCUGGACAACAACAUCGUCCUGCGCAUCACCGACGACGGCCAGGUGAGCAUUGCGGCGGGCCGUCCCGUCCACUGCCCGCUCUCCAGCCCGGAACGCGGGCCGGCCGGCGGCCAAAGAGCCCAGCUGACCCCUCUGGAGUCGGCCGUCUCCAUCGCCGUCUCCUACCACGGAGCCAUCUUCAUAGCCGAGACGGACGAGAGGAAACUCAGCAGGAUCCGCAGGGUCUCUGCGGAUGGCGAGAUUACACAUUUGGCCGGCGCCCCCUCGGACUGCGACUGCAAGAACGAUGCCAACUGCGACUGCUACCAGGCGGGGGACGGCUAUGCCAAAGAUGCCAGGCUCAACGCCCCGUCCUCUUUAGUAGCCGCUCCAGACGGAACGCUUUACAUGGCCGACCUGGGCAACAUCCGCAUCCGGGCCGUCUCCCAGAACGGGCCGACCUUGGGUUCCUCUGCCAAUACCUUCGAGGUGGCCUCCCCGGACGCCCAGGAACUGUACAUCUUUGAUAGCAACGGCACACACCAACACACGGCCAGCCUGCUCACCGGAGACUUCAAAUACACUUUCAGCUACAGCACCGACAACGACAUCACGGCGGUGACGGACAGUAACGGGAACACCCUGCGAAUACGCCGGGACUCAAACCGCAUGCCGGUGCGCAUCGUGGCCCCGGACAACCAGGUGAUCUGGCUCACCAUGGGCACCAACGGCGGGCUCAGGACCCUCACCGCCCAGGGACAAGAGCUGGUGCUGCUCACCUACCACGGGAAUAACGGUCUGCUGGCUACGAAGACCUCCGAGAUCGGCUGGACCACGUUUUACGACUACGACAGCGAAGGGCGCCUGAUGAACGUCACCUUCCCCACCGGCAUGGUGAACAACCUGUACACCGACAUCGACAGCACCUUGACGGUGGACAUCGAAAGCUCCCUGACGGAGGAGGAGAUCAGCAUCACCACCAACACCUCCACCAUCCACGCCUACUACACCUUGUCCCAAGACCAGUGCAAAAGCAGCUACCAGGUGGGCUUCGACAACUCGCUGAGAGUCACGUACGCCAACGGGAUGGACACCCACUACCAGACCGAGCCCCACAUCCUGGCGGGGGCCGCCAACCCCACCGUAGCCCGGCGCAACAUGAGCUUGCCGGGCGAGAGCGGCCAGAACUUGGUGGAGUGGCGCUUUCGCAAAGAACAAGCCAGAGGGAAAGUGAUUGUUUUCGGACGCAAGCUGAGGGUGAACGGACGGAACAUCCUCUCAGUGGAUUACGAUCGCACUCUGAGGACGGAGAAGAUCUACGACGACCACAGGAAGUUCCUCCUGAAGAUCAUUUACGACACAGCGGGACACCCCGUGUUGUGGGUGCCCAGCAGUAAGCUGCUGCCCGUCAAUGUGAGCCGGACCAGCAGCGGGCAGAUCAGUACCUUGCAGAGAGGUCCGACCACCGAGAGGCUGGGCUACGACACGCAAGGCCGCUUGGUGUCCCGCGUCUUUGCUGAUGGGAAGAUAUGGAGUUAUACCUACCUGGAGCAGUCCAUGGUCUUGCUGCUCCACAGCCAGCGCCAGUACAUUUUUGAUUUCGACCCGCUGGACCGCCUCGCCGGUGUCACCAUGCCGAGCGUGGCCCGCUACACCAUGCAGACCAUCCGCUCGGUGGGCUACUACCGCAACCUCUACCACCCCCCGGAGAGCAACGCCUCGGUGGCCGUGGACUACAGCGAGGACGGGCUCCUCAUGAGAGUAUGUCACUUCGGCACCGGCCGCAGGGUCCUGUACCGGUACCGGCGUCAGAACAAGCUGUCGGAGAUCCUGUACGACAGCACCAGAGUCAGCUUCACCUACGACGAGACGGCCGGCGUCCUGAAGACGGUCAACCUGCAGAGCGAAGGGUUCAUCUGCUCCAUCCGUUACCGCCAGGUGGGGCCGUUAGUGGACCGGCAGAUCUUCCGCUUUAGCGAGGACGGGAUGGUCAACGCGCGUUUCGAUUACACCUACGACAGCAGCCUGCGUGUCACCAGCGUGCAAGGCGUCAUCAACGAGACGCCGCUGCCCAUCGACUUGUACCAGUUUGACGACAUCUCCGGGAAGAUCGAGCAGUUCGGAAAGUUCGGCGUGAUCUAUUACGACAUCAACCAGAUCAUAUCCACCGCGGUCAUGACCUACACCAAGCACUUUGACGCCCACGGACGCAUCAAGGAGAUCCAGUACGAGAUAUUCCGCUCCCUCAUGUACUGGAUCACCUUCCAGUACGACGACGUGGGACGCGUGACCAAGAGAGAGAUCAAGAUCGGCCCCUUCGCCAACACCACCAAGUACAGCUACGAGUACGACGUGGACGGCCAGCUGCAGACCGUGUACUUGAACGAGAAAGUCACGUGGCGCUACACCUACGACCUGAACGGGAACCUGCACCUGCUCAACGCGGGCAACAGCGCCAGGCUCCUUCCGCUGCGAUACGACUUGAGGGACAGGAUCACUCGCCUGGGGGACAUCCAGUACAGGAUGGAUGAGGACGGGUUCCUCCGUCAGAGGGGGGCGGAGAUCUUCGAGUACAACUCCAAAGGUCUGCUGGCAAGGGUCUAUAGCAAAAGCAGCGGCUGGACCAUCCAGUAUCGUUACGACGGUCUCAGUCGCAGAGUGUCCACCAAGACCAGCCUCGGCCAGCACCUGCAGUACUUUUACGCCGACCUCAGCUACCCGGCCAGGAUCACGCACGUCUACAACCACUCCAGCUCCGAGAUCACCUCGCUUUACUACGACCUCCAAGGCCACCUGUUCGCCAUGGAGAUCAGCAGCGGCGAGGAGUUCUACAUCGCCUGCGAUAACACCGGCACGCCUCUGGCGGUCUUCACCAGCAACGGCCUCCUGGUCAAGCAGCUACAGUACACCGCUUACGGCGAGGUCUACUUCGACUCCAACCCGGACUUCCAGCUGGUGCUGGGCUUCCACGGAGGACUCUACGACCCGCUCACCAGACUUCUGCACUUUGGCGAGAGGGACUACGACAUCAUGUCCGGGAGGUGGACGGCGCCCGAUGUGUUGAUGCUGAAGAACGUGGGCAAAGAGCCGGCGCCCUUUAACCUUUACAUGUUCAGGAAUAACAACCCCAUCAGCAAGGUGCAUGAAGUGAAGGAAUAUGUCGCAGAUGUGAACAGCUGGCUCGUCACUUUUGGCUUCCACCUUCACAACACCAUUCCCGGGUUCCCCGUCCCCAAGUUCGACCUGAGCAUGCCGUCGUAUGAGCUGAGGAAGAGUCAGCUCUGGGACGAUCUGCCGUCCAUCUCCGGGGUGCAGCAGGAAGUCACCAGACAGGCACAUUCGCUCCUGUCCUUCGAGCGGCUGCCGGAGGUCCACCUCAGCCGAGGCCGCCGGGGCGAGAAGUCCUGGCUGUGGUUCUCCGCCGCCAUGUCGCCCAUCGGAAGGGCGGUGAUGUUCGCCGUAUAUAAAGGCAGCGUGCACGCCCACACCCUCAACAUGGCCGGCGAAGACUGCAUCAAGGUGGCGAGCAUCCUCAACAACGCCUUCUACCUGGAGGACCUCCACUUCACCGUGGAAGGCCGCGACACGCACUACUUCGUCAAGCCGGGCCUGCCGGACGCCGACCUGGCCGCCUUGCACCUCACCAGCGGACACAAGACGCUGGAGAACGGCGUCAACGUGACGGUGGCCCAGUCCACCACGGUCGUGGACGGCCGCACGCGGCGCUUCGCCGACGUGGAGGUGCGGGCCGGCGCCCUCGCCCUCCACGUGCGCUACGGCGUCGCCGUGGACGAGGAGAAGGCGCGGGUGGCGGAGCUCGCCCGCCAGCGCGCUCUGGCCGGGGCCUGGGCCGGGGAGCAGCAGCGGGUGCGGGACGGCGAGGAGGGCGGGCGCCCGUGGACCGAAGGCGAGAAGAGGCAGCUCCUGAGCGGCGGCAAGGUCCUGGGCUACGACGGCUACUACGUGCUGUCCACCGAGCAGUACCCGGAGCUGGCCGACAGCGCCAACAACAUCCACUUUCUGCGGCAAAACGAAAUCGGGAAAAGGUAACGAGAGGAGAGCUUGGCGAGCAGACUUUCAGACGUGUAAAGUGAGUGUUGCUGUUUUUUUUUUUUCAAUAGGACUGAAAGGUGAGGACAAGCAAUGCUGUGCAUUGUGAACCCAGGACUUUAGUCCUCUAGCACCAACCUUCCGGACUCUGCGCAGAGCUAAGGUUGUGUUUCGGGGGGGACAGUGCGCUUAUUUUACGGUUUUCCCUUGUUUUUUUUUCUUCGUUCCCACCAAGCUUCGUUACAAGUAAUGUACGCUAGAGAAGGGAUUCACCUGGCCCCAUUCCUGGGUGAGUCUCGCGCGAGAGGAAGAGGAUGUUGUUCAUUUGAAGGACAAUGUGCAGUUAAAGUAAGAACAUGGCUUUUAUGGUGCUUCCAACAUCCACAAUAAAAUGACACAGGAUUGAAAAUACACAACAAUAUUACAUUUACGGCAUAGCUCGGUUGAUAGAGCGGCCGUGCCAGCAACUUGAGGGUUGCAGGUUCGAUUCCCGCUUCCGUCAUCCUAGUCACUGCCGUUGUGUCCUUGGGCAAGACACUUUACCCACCUGCUCCCAGUGCCACCCACACUGCUUUAAAUGUAACUUAGAUAUUGGGUUUCACUAUGUAAAGCGCUUUGAGUCACUAGAGAAAAGCGCUAUAUAAAUAUAAUUCACAAUUCACAUAAACAAUUUUAAAAUACAAGUACAAUACAUACACUAUAUUGCCAAAAGUAUUUGGCCACCUGCUUUGACUCGCAUAUGAACUUGAAGUGCCAUCCCAGUCCUAACCCAUAGGGUUCAAUGUGACCUUUUGCAGCUAUUACAGCUUCAACUCUUCUGGGAAGGCUGUCCACAAGGUUGCAGAGUGUGUUUAUAGCAAUUUUCCGACCGUUCUUCCCAAAGUGCAUUGGUGAGGUCACACACUGAAGGCCUGGCUCUCAGUCUACGUUUUAAUUCAUCCCAAAGAGGUGUUCUAUCGGGUUCAGGUCAGGACUCUGUGCAGGCCAGUCAAGUUCAUCCACACCAGACUGUCAUCCAUGUCUUUGUGGACAUUGCUCUGUGCACUGGUGCACAGUCAUGUUGGAAUAGGAAGGGGCCCACUCCAAACUGUUCCCACAUGUUGGUAGCAUUGAAUUGUCCAAAAUGUUUUGGUAUUCUGGAGCAUUUAAAGUUCCUUUCCCUGGAACUUAGGGGCCAAGCCCAACUCCUGGAAAAUAACAAACCCACACCAUAAUUCCUCCACCACCAAAAUUUCACACUCGGCACAGUUCAGUCCGAAAUGUCGCGUUCUCCUGGCAACCUCCAAACCCAGACUGGUCCAUCAGAUUGCCAGAUGGAAAAGCAUGAUUCAUCAGUCCAGAGAAGGCGUCUCCACUGCUCUAGAGUCCAGUGGUGCUUUGUAUUGGACUUGGUGAUGUACGGCUUAGAUGAAGCUGAUCAGCCAUGGAAACCCAUUCCAUGAAGCUCUCUGCGUACUGUACGUGGGCUAAUUGGAAGGGCACAUGAAGUUGGGAGCUCUUUAGCAACUGACUGUGCAGAAAGUCUUUGAACUAUGCCCUUCAGCAUCCGCUGACCCCUCUCUGUCAGUUUACCUGGCCUACCGCUUGGUGACUGAGUUGCUGUUGUUCCCAAACUCUUCAAUUUUCUUAUAAUAAAGUUGACUUUGAAAUAUUUAGGAGCUAGGGAAGUUCACGACUGGAUUUGUUGCACAGGUAGGCAUCCUAGGACAGUUCCACGCUGGAAAUCACUGAAAGCGGCCCAUUCUUUCACAAAUGUUUGUAGAAACAGUCUCCAUGCCUAAGUGCUUGAUUUGAUGCACCGGGCCAAGCGAUUAGGACACCUGAUUUGGAUGGGUGGCCAAAUACUUUUGGCAAUAUAUUGUAUGUGAAUUACAAGUCAGUAUACGGAGUGCAAUGUUUCGUUUUUUAAAUCAAAGUCUACAUACAGUGCAGUAGCCAUCAGAUUCAAGAGCCAUACACCACAUUCAUAUUGCAUACAUAAAAGUAUGCAAGGUUUAAGAUUGGAAUGGUCAUCUUUGCCACGCAGUCUGCUUGGCAACUAACCCUGUGGACAAAGUUGGAAUCACCAUAAAACACCUUUUAAGAUAGUCAACACUCUCCUUGCCAUCCGGCGGCUAAGGAUCCCAAUUUGUCACAUUUCAUGUGUCAGGUAAACCGUGACGAAUGGGGCCGUAAGAAUCCCUGUCCUACUUUAAAGUAGAGUGGAAAAACAAGUUGACUUCAUGUACAUAUUUCUGCUUCAUUAUCUCCAUUAAACCACAUCCAAUUUGUAUUUAUAGUCCGCAAAGUAUGUGAAAACACCGUUUGAACGUCACAAAAGGCCACAAAUUCAGUCGGACAUCUUUGAAUAUUCCGCUUCAAAUACGUAUUUUCGGGGGUAGACGUCACGGUAGCAACCGUAUCAUCUGAUCAGUCACACCGGAAAAUACGCAAAAAUUGGAAAGAGAUGUGUUUAUCUUUAACAACCCUAAUGUAGGACGAGAACACAAGUGUUAUUUAUUCAACAUUGUUAACAAAUAGCCAACAAUUGAGUCAACAGGUGGAGGGUCCUCUCAUUAUACUCUCUAAAAACAUCCAGAAGCCACCAACAACACUCCAUUUACAUGCCACGACGUGAAAAUGAACCAAAUAUGAGUGAUAUUGUUAUUAUAAGCGCAAACGCAGACGGACUAUUUUAGUGGCACCAGUGAGCUAACGCUAUCUUACGCUGCUGUUGUUGACACACUCGUCUCAAACUUGCUAAAAGUAAAUUGUAGAUUAUAAAUAAUGCAUUUCUCACCCCACAAGACGCUUCCUCCAGGAACUUUUUUUGGAACCCUCUGUGAGGAUUAUGAUUGAUUCUUCGUCUAAACGGGAUUAUGCGGGCAAAGUGGAAAAAUUACAGUAAGUGUUUGAUUUAUUUUGGUUUGUUAUUGUUUAGCUUGUAUGUUUAGCACCUAGCAACGAUGCGGACGCUCAUAUCACAAUAAAACACAUAUUUUUUUAAGGCUUCUAAAACGUAUUGCUCGUCCUCUUUGGAUUCGGGCUCAAAAAUAUAAGGUUCUGGAUCGUAAGUUUUCCUAAAGUAAUCGUUUCUCACAAAGUGUGCUGAUUAGCAUUGUUGUUGAUGGAGAAGGGAUUUGUGGUUCCUCCGCUACAUCACGCGACUCAAAAUGGCUCGGGUUGGCGCUGGUUGGCGCCUUGCAUGGCAGCUCCCUCCAUCAGUGUGUGAAUGUGUGUGUGAAUGGGUAAAUGUGGAAGUAGUGUCAAAGCGCUUUGAGUACCUUGAAGGUAAAAAAGCGCUAUACAAGUACAACCCAUUUAUCUAUUUAUUUAUUAUACUUUUUAAAAACAUCCAGAAGCCACCAACAAUACUCCAUUUACAUGCCACGACGUGAAAAUAAACCAAAUAUGAGUGAUAUUGUUAUUGCAAGCGCAAACGCAGAUGGACUAUUUUAGUGGCACCAGUGAGCUAACGCUAUCUUACGCUGCUAUUGUUGACACACUCGUCUCAAACUUGCUAAAAGUAAAUUGCAGAUUAUAAAUAAUGCAUUUCUCACCCCAUAAGACGCUUCCUCCAGGAACUUUUUUUUGGAACCCUCUGAGGAUUAUGAUUGAUUCUUCGUCUAAACGGGAUUAUGCGGGCAAAGUGGAAAAAUUACAGUAAGUGUUUGAUUUAUUUUGGUUUGUUAUUGUUUAGCUUGUAUGUUUAGCACCUAGCAACGAUGCGGACGCUCAUAUCACAAUAAAACAAAUAUUUUUUUAAGGCUUCUAAAACGUAUUGCUCGUCCUCUUUGGAUUCGGGCUCAAAAAUAUAAGGUUCUGGAUCGUAAGUUUUCCAAAAGUAAUCGUUGUUUCUCACAAAGUGUGCUGAUUAGCAUUGUUGUUGAUGGAGAAGGGAUCUGUGGUUCCUCCGCUACAUCACGCGACUCAAAAUGGCUCGGGUUGGCGCUGGUUGGCGCCUUGCAUGGCAGCUCCCUCCAUCAGUGUGUGAAUGGGUAAAUGUGGAAGUAGUGUCAAAGCGCUUUGAGUAUUUUGAAGGUAGAAAAGCGCUAUACAAGUACAACCCAUUUAUUUAUUUAUUUAUUAUACUCUCUAAAAACAUCCAGAAGCCACCAACAAUACUCCAUUUACAUGCCACGACGUGAAAAUGUACCAAAUAUGAGUGAUAUUGUUAUUGCAAGCGCAAACGCAGAUGGACUAUUUUAGUGGCACCAGUGAGCUAACGCUAUCUUACGCUGCUAUUGUUGACACACUCGUCUCAAACUUGCUAAAAGUAAAUUGUAGAUUAUAAAUAAUGCAUUUCUCACCCCACAAGACGCUUCCUCCAGGAACUUUUUUUUGGAACCCUCUGUGAGGAUUAUGAUUGAUUCUUCGUCUAAACGGGAUUAUGCGGGCAAAGUGGAAAAAUUACAGUAAGUGUUUGAUUUAUUUUGGUUUGUUAUUGUUUAGCUUGUAUGUUUAGCACCUAGCAACGAUGCGGACGCUCAUAUCACAAUAAAACAAAUAUUUUUUUAAGGCUUCUAAAACGUAUUGCUCGUCCUCUUUGGAUUCGGGCUCAAAAAUAUAAGGUUCUGGAUCGUAAGUUUUCCAAAAGUAAUCGUUGUUUCUCACAAAGUGUGCUGAUUAGCAUUGUUGUUGAUGGAGAAGGGAUCUGUGGUUCCUCCACUACAUCACGCGACUCAAAAUGGCUCGGGAAUCUCAGUGAGAUCGAAACUACUUUGAUCAUAUCUAUUUAUUCAUGAACUUUGGAAGUCUUUUGGUGUCAUAAAUCAGAUGUUUAUGAUAAUAACCUCACUAUCCAGGCGACUUGUUUUUCCACUCUGCUGCUACUUUAAGACCAGGAAAUGUUUACAUUGCGCACACUUCUACGGAAGCACCGAGCACGUUCGGUCAUGACCAGAAAGGCGAAUGAUUGUUUUGACAAAUCAAUUUCCGACAGAGUAGGAACUCUCACCAUAGGGAAAAACAAAAAAAAAAAUGUUUAAGGGAACAAAAUAAAAAAAAAAACGAUGUAUAUGAAAUUUCACACUGUAACCUUCGACAUGUGUUUCUCUUUAAGAUGCUUUGUAAAAGACAGUUUGUUCCAUGUUUAAAUAUCAAAUGUUCAUUGUGGAGAAAAAGGGGACUUGUCAGCCGCCCGCUUUUGUAAAUGAUGAAACUACCAGUAAUUUAUGUUUGUGUUUCUACAUAACCAAUAAAGGCCAGGUGAUUUUG